AUGGUGAAUAUUGCUCCUUUCGACUUGCUACCGAGCGCUCCCAUGAGCCCAAAUCCAUCAAACUUGGCAAGGCGAGACUCGACGUCACUUGUGGAAGACUCCAAGGGACUGUGGUUUGCAUUAGCGUGUCUGGCAGGCAUAGGACUAUGGAACUCCUGCGAGAUCGUCGUCGUCGUUUGGUGGACCUUCAGGCACAGGCGCACCCUCUAUUUUUGGAGCUUAAUGGUGGUCAUCGACUUCAGCCUCGGUAGCACGAAUGGCAUGUUUGUGGUGGUGCUUGGCUCAAUCGGCUGGAUUCCAAUGGUUACCGGCCAGUCCCUCGUCCUUUACUCACGGCUCCACCUUCUUUGGGUCGAUAGCCGCAUCAUGACUUCUCUCCUGACAAUGAUUAUCUUCAACGGUCUGACAAUGCACGGCGGCGCCCUUUCGAUAAAUAUCUUAGCGCGGGCCUUGCAGACGGAAUCAUUAAAAAGAGCCUACGAAAUCAUGGAGAGGACAGAAGUGACCGUGUUUUUUGUGCAGGAAAUCACUUUAUCCGGGCUAUACCUAUGGCGGUGCAGGCACUUCUUGAGGCAAUACGGACGCAGGAUGGAAUCAGAAGAAACCGCAGCGAUGAAAAGCACACUAAGGUCUCUUAUCCUGGCAAACCUGGUCGUUCUCUGUUUGGAUCUGAGUAUUCUCGUUCUAGAAUAUCUUGGCUACAACUAUGUGCAAAUCAAAGUCAAAGAUUUUAUCUACAGCUUCAAGCUCAAGAUUGAGAUAGGGGCCCUGAAUAGCCUACGAGACUUCGUGCGGCAGUUUCGAACCUUGGACUCCAGUUUCCAGUUCAAGCAGCAGAGAAAUAUUCAGGAAGGAAUCCAGAGACAAUGGGAGUCGGCACUGCAAAGAGCGUUUGGAACAGUAGGCCGGACGAGACCCGGGGAACCCGAGGAAGUUCACGUGGCAGAAGGCCGUCAGAUCCUGGUGCCAGGAGAGUUGUCAGCAGCUACAGAGGGGCAAUCUAUGGAAGCAGCGAUGGGUACAGGGAAGGAAAGGCUUGCAAAAGACGGCAAGUAG